AUGUCGGAAUCCAGACAAGAGCUGUUGGCAUGGAUCAACAACCUGCUGCAGUUGAAUAUGACCAAGGUUGAGCAGUGCGGAACUGGUGCCGCUCUGUGCCAGAUCUUCGAUUCUAUAUUUAUGGAUGUCCCCAUGUCUCGCGUCAAGUUCAACGUCAACACCGAAUACGCCUACCUUCAGAACUUCAAGGUUCUUCAGAACGUCUUUGCCAAACACCAGGUAGACAAGCCGAUUCCCGUCGAAUCUCUCACGAAAUGCCGUAUGCAGGACAACCUUGAGUUCCUCCAGUGGACGAAGAAGUACUGGGACCAACACUACCCGGGUGGUGACUACGAUGCCGCCGCUCGUCGCAAGGCCUCCGGUGGUCCCCCCGCCACUGCGGGUGGCUCUCGCGCAGGUGCAAGCUCCGCCGGAGCGGCACGCCGUGGUACUACGCCUACCAUUGGCGCCGCCCGCCCCCGUGUCGCUGGUGCCGCAAGCGCUGCCAACGUGUCUGCGCUGCAGCAGGAGAUUGCUACGCAAAAGGAGGCUAUUGCUGGCUUGGAGAAGGAGAGGGAUUUCUACUUUGCCAAGCUGCGUGACAUCGAAUUGCUUCUUCAGAGCGCCAUCGAGGCCGAUCCGGAGCUUGAAAAGGAUGAUGACUCCCUGGUGAAGCACAUCCAGGGCAUUCUGUACUCGACGGAGGUAUGA